AUGUUUCUCAUCGGGCUUUCGCUGGGGGGCUGGGUGGCGCUGAGGGCGGUGCAGCUGGCAGCAGCAGAAAGGCGCAACAGAGCAGCAGCAGCAGCAGCAGCAGCAGACCCGACAGCAGCAGCAGCAGCGGCGGCAGACUUCACCUACAGCCACGUCUUCCAAGACAACCAGAGCUACAUGGAGUGCUGCACGACGCCCGAAGCAGCAGCUGCAGCAGCAGCAACGGACGCAGACUCCGCUGCUGCUGCAGGAGCAGCAGCUGCUGCUGCUGAGGCCCCUCUUGGGCUGCGGGGGCUCGUGCUGCUCUCCCCCAUGCUGCAGCUCUCCCGCAGGCGCUACCUGCAGCGGUCGCGGCUGCUGCAGUUUGCUGCUGCAGCAUUUGCUGCAGUGAGACCCCACGCGGCAGUCGUUCCUCCUAGGAAGAGCCGCCGGCGGCACCCCCACCUGCAUGCGUACUACAGCUCAGACCCGCUGACUUACAAAGAAGGAGUGCCUGCUGGAAUAGCAGUGCCUUUGCUGUGGGAGAUGGAAGCAGCAACAACUCCGCAGGAGCUGCUGCUGCUGCAGCAGCAAGAUGCUGCUGCAGUGCUGAUGCUGCACACUGUCCACGACCCCCUCUGCGACAUCAGCGGCCCAGUUAGCUGCUUCUCGGAGCUCGCGGGGAUCCGGGACAGGCAGCUGCUGGCCAUAGAGGGGCCCCCGCUUCCUGCUGCUGCUGCAGGGGCGCAGCAGCAGCAGCAGCAGCAGGACGCCAGCAGCAGCAGCGGCGACCCGCAGCAGCACGUGCACCCCAAGCUGCGCAAGCUGCACCCCUACUUCCACCAGCACCUGCCGGACCCCCCCUCCCCCCAGCCGCAUCAGCCGCAGCAGCAGCAGAGGCAGCAGCAGCAGCAGCAGGAGGUGGCGGCGAGCGUGGAAGAGAUAGAACGGCGCAUGCAGCAGCUAAGCCAGACCGGCGAGCAGCAGCCAAAAGUCUUCAUCGCCAAGGGGGUCGAUGUGCUGCACGACUUGCCCAACGAGCCGGGGCAGCAGCACCUCUUUCGGCUGCUCGCGACCUGGAUCACCUGCCGCUGCCCCUAG